AUGGCCGCAGCUUUUACAACUUCCUACACGUCCGCAUCGACUACGUCGAUUGCAGGACCGUUGAUGACCGCUUUCACUCCGCCAGACCAUUGCACCAACGUUGUCAAGUCGUCAUGUACCCUUACCACGCCUUCCAGUUAUAUCAGUAUAGGAACUUCCGGGUCAUACUCUUAUGGCGAUCCCGUCUGGUCUUGUCCCUAUGUGGAGCGCGAUCUCUCAUGCGGUUCCGAUGGACGGGCCACUCGUGACAGUGCAUGUUUCCCAAACAACAACGGUGGUGAUGGUAGCGGCACGUUACUAUUCUCUCCUGGGACAGCCUGUCCUGGUGAGUGGGAGAUGAAGAGUGAGGUUAUAUUGUCCAGCAAAACCACUGCAGUGUGCUGCCCGUCUGGCUAUGAAGUGCAUUACGAUUCCGAUUAUGCGAGCUGCACUAGUCUUAUCUCCUACCCUGAUGGUACUGCUCCUGCCAUGUCUUGCAAAAGUGGCGGAACUUCGGUAUCCGAUCCUCUCACUUAUUCUACUUCCACUACAACCUACGGUAGUUCCACGUCGACCUACACGUAUUCGACAUACACUAUCAUCUGGGCGCAGAAAAUCCUCGUUGCUUAUCCCACUACCUCUGCAAGCGACGGACGCGUCAACGAGCUCAGCGAGCCAACUUCUACCGACAGCCCCGAGGGAGGUUCCGCGCAACCAAUACCUCAACCGGAUGGUAAAUCUGGUCUCGGUGCAGGAGCUAUCGCGGGAAUCGUCGUGGGAGUGGUCGGCGCGCUACUCCUGGUCGGUGCAUUCUUCUUCUGGCGUCGCCGCCAACAAAAGCAUCACCAUGCGCCAAUUCCAAAGGCUAGUCCGGCAGGAGAGCAUGAUGCGUUACCGGAGUUUGUUGCAACGAGUGGUACGAGCACUGGGCCUGCACAGAUGACCGCAGCCAGUUCGAAUGGAUUGUUCCAACCACAACCGGAGUUGAGGUCUCCACGAUGA